AAGGAGAGAAAAAUGCCGGCGGGACACGGAGUGAGGGCGAGAACAAGGGAUCUCUUCGCGAGACCGUUCAGGAAGAAGGGUUACAUCCCACUCUCCACCUACCUGAGGACCUUCAAGGUCGGCGAUUACGUCGAUGUUAAGGUUAAUGGAGCUAUUCACAAGGGUAUGCCUCACAAGUUCUACCAUGGACGCACUGGUCGAAUCUGGAACGUCACCAAGCGCGCCGUUGGUGUCGAAGUCAACAAGCAGAUUGGGAACAGAAUCAUAAGGAAGAGGAUACAUGUGCGUGUGGAGCAUGUGCAGCAGUCAAGGUGUGCUGAAGAGUUCAAACUAAGGAAGAAGAAGAACGAUGAGCUCAAGGCUGCAGCCAAAGCCAGAGGAGAGACAAUCAGUACCAAGAGACAACCUAAAGGUCCUAAACCAGGUUUCAUGGUCGAAGGUAUGACCUUGGAGACAGUCACUCCCAUCCCUUACGAUGUCGUCAACGAUCUCAAAGGAGGCUACUAGGUUUCCGUUUUCUUAUUCUCUCUACUCAGAAGUUUUGUUGUACUCAAUUUGUUAUUUCGAGCUUCUCCUUCAUAUUAAUUUUCGUACCAAAUACUGUCUUGGACAAAGACUUCAUAAACGAUAUUGGCCGGUUGGAGUUUUUAGACCAGAUUUUAUCAGUUGUCAUAAUUUUUUCCUGUUCUGAAAUUAUUUGCCUAUUCCAUAUUCCAGGAGUUCGCGAAAACUUAAUAUUA